CCCCCGAACAAGUCGAACGAUGGAAUCGCCCAACUCGACGGUUACCACGAACCAGAACUCGCUGACCAACAACGUGGUGACGGUGCCCAUCCCGAUCCUCCCGACCGAAGGCACGUACGCGUACGUCUUUGUGAAGGGCUCCCUGUACGCCCGGGACAGUGCCAUUUUCGGCUGCUCCACGGAUGAGACCCAAGCCCUGUCCAAGCGGUUCCAGAUUAGCUCGAUCCCGGUCGACAACGGAGUGGUCAUCAAGGUGGCCCCUUCGUUGAUCAUCAACUCGCUCGCGCAGUUGGGAUACAAGGUCAUUUCGAGCACCGGCGAAACCGAGGUCGUGUGGACGCUGCAGCGUGAGCUCCGCCCACGAGCAACGGAUGUAAAAAAGAUGUCGGCGGCAUUCCACGACCAGCCGCACGGCGAUCAUCAUCAGUGCAACUGCAGUAGCGCGUCUACGCCGGCCACGCAAUCGCUGGAUGAGCUGGAGUUUGAGCGGGGAAUCUGGACAGCUGCGAUCGACAACGAUUCGGCCAAGGUGAGGACGCUGAUCGGGAGGGGACAUCUCUGUGACCGGGACAACUCGGGCUACACGGCACUGCACUACGCCGCCCGGGCUGGACACUUGGAGAUCUGUCGGAUGCUGCUGGAGGCAGGAAUCGGUGUGAACGAGCGAACCCACGGAGGAGGGGCGACCGCACUGCAUCGGGCCGCGAUGAUGGGCCGCGAACCUAUCCUGAAGCUCCUCCUGGCGCACAAAGCCGAUGCCUUGCUGCAGGACAGCGACGGCAAAACGGCUCUUCACCGGGCAGCCGAAAAGGGUCACCUCGAGUCGUGCCGGAUUCUGCUUCAGCAUGGUCCAGCGGCAAAAUCCACCCCCGACAGUAAAGGCCACCGUCCAGCGGAAUCGAUAAGCGAGUCCUCGCCGCAGUACGAGCAACUGAGGGUACUUUUUAAUGCGUAGGAUUGCCAUUUUUGUGUCCCGAUUUGCCUUAAAAACAUACAAAACGUUGUCAUCCCCUGCUCCAAUCCAGAUAAAAGUCAGAUUGCUAAAUUUACGGUUCAUGAGAUGUUUGCUAAAUUAUUGAGUAUUGUAUCAAGCAAUAGUCUACUUGUGAUAGUCGCUCAGAGAUAUGCUGGAUAAAUUUUAAACUGGUUAAGUUCUUUGUGUUAGACAAAGUGUGACAGAAUUAAGCUAGCUUAUUUGGUUUGAUCGCUGUUCAACAAGUAGCCCAUCCCGACACAUUUUAUUUCAAUAAAUUGACACAGCGACUUGACGAAAUCAUUGACUUGCAGCUAUAAUUUCUUAUCGAAACCUUGUGCAUUGCCUCGAAAAUCUGUGUAAAAUAUUUCUUUUUUUCUUUAUUCUACAUUAUAAAACGAUCACAUAUUAAUCAUAGAAAGAAACCUUUAUGUACAUGGGAACUUUAUCAUCGUAAAAGUACAGAAUUAUGUGUGUAGCUUGAUGUUGUCUGCACAAUUUCGGUUUACCGUUUGCGAUAAACAAUAAAUGUUUGUGAAAAUGA